AUGGAUGGGGACUGGGAAGACGAAGUUCCUCUACCAGAGGGAAACGAAAGCCGGCUGAGUGACGCCGUGGGACGGAUGUUCUGUCACUGCGGUAAUGAGGUAAAGAUAAGCUGCAUAUGGAGCAAUGGCACUUGGAAGAUUCUUUAUACGUGCACGACAAUUCUCAGUGGACAGGAAACGCACGGCCACAUCAAGGAAGAGGUAACGUCUGCUGUCCUUGAUCAGCUGCAGGAUGCAGACCUGCGGACCCGGGCGAUGACGGUGAGGCCUCGGCAAACGGAGGGGAGUAAGACGUUUGGGAGUCUGAGCGUGGCUCAAAUAGAAAACAUACUGCUGAAUCCAGUUUUGGAGAGAAUGAUAGAUAAAUGCCCCCUAUGCAACAUGGUCGUUCCAAUGGUUGUUUGGCAAUUGAGUCUUACGGAGAUGCGUUUCGCAUAUAUCUGCACAAAUUGCAAGCUAGCAUCCGAUAUGCGCGACGUCGUCGCCUGCAGUGAGAGCAGAUGA